AUGUCUGUAUCUGCCAAUGCGUUUCGGUGGCUUGACAUUCUCGAAAAAGAAUUUGAUAAAGCAUUUGUCGAUCUUGAUUUAUUAUUGGGAGACAUCGAUGAGGAUCAAUCGGAAAUUACCGAUGAUGGACGAGCCAGAAUGACAAUACUUAGUUCAUGUUUUGCACAACUUUCUCAUAAAGUUCAAACGAUUUCAGAAAUCAAUGCUAAACUAGAAGCACAAUUGCUCGAUGUACGAACCGAAUUUUUCAAUAUUAAAACUGAUAAACAAGUGUUAGAACAACAAAUUAAUAAUACAAUGGCUCAAUUACAGACAUCACAAUUGGAAUGUCAAAUAUUGAAAAAUGAAGGGGAAAUCGAAGGUGCAGAUAAUAUACGAAAACGAUUGAAUGAACAACUAUUGAAACAGCAUGAAGCAUUUAAGCAAAAUUUAAUUUCAGAUGUCAAAGCACAUGAAUUUGAAAAAGAAAAUCAACAACUUAAGACACAUAUUAUUAAUCUUCAAUCAGAAAUAUAUGGAUCACGUUUAGCAGCUAAAUAUCUUGAUAAAGAAUUAGCUGGAAGAAUUCAACAGAUCCAACUACUCGGUCGUGACUUGCGUGGACCUAAUCAUGAAAAUUUAUGGAAUCAACUUGAAGCUGAAAUUCAUUUGCAGCGUCAUAAAACUGUUAUACGGGCAUGUCGUGGACGAGAAAAAGUCAAUAAGCCACUAACUUUACCGCCGACUAAUGAUAUUAGUACAGUGAAAAAACGGCACGGCGUCGGCGAAUUACGUACAGUUGAACUUCAUAAAGAUGCAAACGAAGCACUAGGCAUAUCGAUCACAGGCGGUAAAGAACAUGGUUUACCUAUUCUUAUAUCAGAAAUUCAUGAAGGCGGGCUAGUAUGGCGAUCGGGACAAAUUUUCGUCGGGGAUUCUAUAUUAACUGUGAAUAAAUAUGAUCUACGUGAUAUAAAACAUGUUGAUGCUGUUCAUAUUCUUUCAUCUAUUAAAGGUGAUAUUACCAUGACAGUUGUAUUUGUUGCACCUGACGAUAGUGAUGAUGAUGAUUUAUCAAUUUGCGAUGAACAUAGUCAUUUGAAAUAUAAGUUUUUUACAGACGAAACUGAAAAUAGUCCGAAACAUAAAGAUAUCGAUUCAAUUAAAGAUUUAAGCAUAUCGAAUGGCAAUAGCGAAAAGCAUUUACGAGAACAAGCUGAAGAAACAGAUACUACAAGUAUUGAGAGUAAUCAUAGAUAUGUUCCGCCUGUAAUUAACAAAUAUGUUAAAUAUACACGUCAAAAAUUACCUACGAAACGUACAAAUUCGAAAGAUUGA